GUCUGAGCGCGCGCACACACACACUGUACCCCCUGUCACACACUCUCCGGCACACACACACACACACACGCGCGCUCUGACGCACACACACAGACUUCGCUCUGUCGGACCCGGGAGGAGAGCAAAGGAAAGGAAAGGAGACAGCUCCUUAUUCGCCUCCAACUUCUCUCUUUGCUUCUACUUGUGUCUUUCUGACUCUUCUUAUCCACCAAUGCGAGGAUUUUAUUCCUGUUCUCACUGUUAUCACCCCAGCUGUCCCCAACUACGGAAGCCCAGUCUAAGGACCAGACGGGAGUAUGUUAAAUAACCCGCACCACUGAACAAAACAAGAAGAAAAAGAAGGAGAAGAAAUGGAUAAACGGAGUUAUUCUCUCGUUUUGCCUGCAGCUUUCUUCUACUUUGUACUUUUGGGAUUUACUGCCGGACAAUUCUUUCCAGGUGGCUGUACAUUUGAGGAGUCUUACAGCAGCUGUGGGUACAGCGUUUCUCUUGGAACCAAUGGAUUUACCUGGGAACAAGUCAACUCUUGGGAGAAACCCACCAUGGACCCUGCCCUGCCCACCGGUUCGUUCAUGGUGGUGAACGCGUCAGGCCGAGCGUCAGGGCAGAAGGCUCACCUUUACAUGCCCACCUUGAAGGAGAAUGACACCCACUGCAUCGACUUCCUGUACUCCCUGUCCAGCCGGGACGGAGCCAGCCCGGGAACGCUUAACGUCUAUAUUAAGGUGAACGGAGGCGCUCAGGGUAACCCAGUAUGGAACGCCUCUGAUACAGUUACCGAAGGAUGGGUGAAGGCUGAGCUGGCCAUUUCUACAUUCUGGCCCAACUCCUAUCAGGUAAUAUUCGAAGCAGUUUCAGUUCAAGGCCAUCCCGGUUUCAUCGCCAUCGACGACAUACGAGUUCUGGCUCACCCCUGCCGUAAAGCGCCUCACUUCCUGCGUCUGCAAAACGUGGAGGUGAACGUGGGUCAGAACGCUACGUUUCAGUGUACCGCUGGAGGGAAAUGGUCUCAGCACGAUAAACUCUGGCUGCAGCAGUGGAACGGUAGGGACACGGCGCUGAUGGUGACCAGAGUGGUGAACCACAGACGUUUCUCUGCAACCGUCAGCGUUGGCGACACCUCCCAGCGCAGCACCAGUCGCUACCGCUGUGUCAUCCGAUCCGACGGCGGGUCAGGGGUGUCCAACUAUGCCGACCUCAUCGUUAAAGCUCCACCUACCCCCAUCGCUCCACCAGAGCUUCUAGCAGUUGGCGCCACUUACCUUUGGAUCAAACCCAACGCCAACAGCAUCAUUGGCGACGGGCCAAUCAUCUUGAAGGAGGUGGAGUACCGAACCACUUCAGGGAACUGGGCAGAGACCCAUGUGGUGGACUCUCCCACCUAUAAACUGUGGCAUCUGGACCCAGAUGUGGAGUACGAAAUCAAGGUCCUGCUCUCCAGGCCUGGAGAGGGAGGAACGGGGCCGCCGGGGCCGCCGCUGGUCACCAGGACCAAAUGUGCAGAUCCAGUCCAUGGUCCACAAAACGUCAACGUGGUUGAUGUCAGAGCCCGCCAGCUGACUAUACAGUGGGAGACAUUUGGAUAUGCGGUGACACGCUGCCACAGCUACAAUCUGACGGUGCAGUACCAGUAUGUAUUUAACCAGCAGGAGUUUGCAGCAGAGGAGCUGAUCCAGACCUCGUCACAUUACACCCUGAGGGGGCUGAGGCCCUUUGUCACGGUCAGACUGCGGCUGGUCCUGGCCAACCCCGAGGGCAGCAAAGAGAGCGAGGAGAUCGUCAAGCAGACGGAGGAGGAUGUGCCUGGCUCAGUGCCGAUGGAGUCUCUGCAGAAUACGCCCUACGAAGAGAAGAUCUUCAUGCAGUGGAAAGCUCCCAACGAGACCAACGGCGUCAUCACACUCUACGAGAUUACCUACAAGGCCCUGAGCUCACUGGACCCCAGCGCUGAUCUUACAACCCAGAGGGGACGGGUGUUCAGGCUCAGGAAUGAGACCCAUCACCUGUUCGUAGGUCUUUACCCAGGGACAACCUACUUCUUCACCCUCAAAGCAUCCACGAACAAGGGCUUUGGCCCGCCCGUCACUACCCGCAUCACCACCAAAAUAGCAGCUCCGAUGAUGCCAGAGUACGAGUCUGAGGCUCCUCUGAACGAGACAGAGACCACCAUCACCAUCCUGCUAAAGCCCGCCCAAUCACGUGGCGCACCUAUCAGCUCCUACCAGCUCGUUGUGAAGGAGGAGCGCAAGUCCAAGACCCGCCGCGCUGCUUCCGAAGUCCCUGAAUGUUUCUCGGCUCCUGUCAGCUUCCGCAACGCCUCCAUCUUGGACUCUCCGUACUAUAUCGCUGCUGAACUGCCCCCAUCCAGCCUCACGGUUGUGCAGCCGUUUACAGUGGGAGACAACAAGAGCUACGGAGGUUUCUGGAAUCCUCCGCUGUCACCGGCCAAGAGCUACAGCAUCUACUACCAGGCCAUGAGCAGAGCCAAUGGGGAAACCAAAAUCAACUGUGUCCGCCUGGCUAACAAAGUGGUAAUAGGUAGGGGACAAAUAACAACGCCGUACAUUCUAGUCAUCCCAAGCGAAGGUGCGUCCACCCAGGACUCAGAUGCGAUGGAGCCAGAGAAACAAGUCGACAGCACGGUGAAAAUGGCAGGCGUGAUUGCAGGGAUCCUCAUGUUCAUCAUCAUCCUCCUCGGUGUCGUCCUCACCUUCAAACGCAGAGAGAUUCACACGUGGAGAACUCUGAGCGUGGGGAAGUUGGCGAAGAAGCAGAAGGAGACUGCCAGCAGCUCCACCCAGCAGAGGGAGAUGGGUCCGGUCACCACGGCUGAUAAGAGCACCACUAAAGUCAGCACCCUGCACAAAGACGACCCCUUCUCCACCUCCAACCAGGACCUCAACGGAUUCACCUCCCCCUCUCCCUGCUCCUUCUCUGUGCAGGGAAGCAAGACACUGCAGAGCAAAUCCCUGCUGAAUUCCUACUACUCAGUGUCUAAAGAGCCAGUUCCUGCCACGACUUCUAUAGACAGCAGCCAGCCGUCACUCGCCCAGCCCUCUCUGACCCUGCAGAGUUUUCCCUACGGAGGCUGUGAGUCUGUGGAGCUCUCCUACCAGAGCGGUCAGUUCCAGGCAGGCCAGUUUCAGCCUGCUAUUCGAGUUGCAGACCUCCUCCAACACAUCACCCAGAUGAAAUGUGGACAGGGCUAUGGUUUCAAGGAGGAAUAUGAGGCCCUGGCAGAGGGACAGACGGCGCCCUGGGAGACUGCCAAGAAGGACGAGAACCGCAACAAGAAUCGCUAUGGCAACAUCAUCGCUUACGAUCACACCAGAGUCCGACUGCAGCUGCUGGACGGAGACCCUCACUCUGACUACAUCAACGCCAAUUAUAUUGAUGGGUACCAUAGACCCAGACAUUACAUCGCCACACAAGGGCCCAUGCAGGAGACAGUGAGGGAUUUCUGGAGGAUGGUCUGGCAGGAAAACUCGGCCUCUAUCGUCAUGGUUACCAACCUGGUGGAGGUGGGCAGGGUGAAGUGUGUGCGUUACUGGCCUGACGAGACAGAGGUGUAUGGAGACAUCAAGGUCACCCUGAUAGAAACUGAACCACUGGCUGAGUACGUCAUAAGGACAUUCACCGUCCAAAAGAAGGGUCAUCACGAGAUCCGUGAACUCCGUCAGUUUCAUUUCACCAGCUGGCCUGACCACGGCGUUCCCUGUUAUGCCACCGGAUUGCUCGGCUUCAUACGACAGGUCAAGUUCCUCAACCCGCCUGAUGCUGGGCCUGUAGUGGCACACUGCAGUGCCGGUGCAGGGAGGACGGGUUGUUUCAUUGCAGUGGACAUCAUGUUGGACAUGGCAGAGAAUGAAGGCGUGGUGGACAUUUUCAACUGCAUCCGAGAGCUGAGAUCACAACGAGUCAACAUGGUCCAGACAGAGGAGCAGUACGUGUUUGUUCACGAUGCCAUCUUGGAGGCGUGUCUAUGUGGGAAUACAGCCAUACCAGUGUGUGAGUUCAGAGCCAUUUACUACAACAUCAGCAGACUGGACCCACAGACCAACUCCAGCCAGAUUAAAGAUGAGUUCCAGACUCUGAACAUAGUGACCCCUAGAGUCCGUCCAGAGGACUGCAGUGUGGGCCUGCUACCAAGGAACCACGACAAGAACCGCAGUAUGGACGUUCUAUCAGCAGACCGAUGCCUGCCUUUCCUCAUAUCUGUGGAUGGAGAGAGCUCCAAUUACAUCAAUGCUGCAUUAAUGGACGUGAGUGCAUAUUUUGAGAGCCACAAACAGCCAGCGGCCUUCAUUGUUACCCAGCAUCCUUUGCCAAACACCAUGGGCGACUUCUGGAGGCUGGUGUUCGACUACAACUGCUCCUCCAUUGUAAUGCUCAACGAGAUGGACGCAGCUCAGUUGUGUAUGCAGUACUGGCCUGAAAAGAGUUCGUGUUGCUACGGUCCCAUUCAAGUCGAAUUCAUAUCGGCAGACAUCGAUGAGGACAUCAUCAACCGAAUCUUCAGGAUCUGCAACAUGGCCAGGCCACAGGACGGUUACCGCCUGGUGCAGCACUUUCAGUUCAUCGGCUGGCCGGCCUACAGGGACACUCCUCUCUCUAAACGCUCUAUCCUCCAGUUGGUCCGGAGGUUGGCUAAGUGGCAGGAGCAGUACGACGGAGGAGACGGGAGGACUGUGGUACAUUGCCUUACCGGCGGAGGGCGUUCUGGAACGUUCUGUGCCAUCUGCAGCAUUAACGAGAUGAUCCAGCAGCAGAACAUCGUGGAUGUUUUCCACACCGUCAAAACACUGAGGAACAACAAGACUAAUAUGGUGGAAACUAUGGAACAAUAUAAGUUCUGCUAUGAAGUGGCUUUGGAGGCACUCAGCUCCUUCUGAUUGGCUGUGGGUUGAAAUCAUCUUUUCUGAUCGCCGUUGACGCUGCCUGUCAUUCUCAACGCAACACUGGGACACACAGAGUGC